GGCUGCAUCUAGAAUCUAGGCAUACAGUUCUCAGUAUAUUAUACUACUAUUUGGCAUGUAGGUUGCACUAACUGAGCAUGUCUGUGCAAUAAAUCAAUAAUGCAGGCUUGUGCGUUGUGCGUCGGUGCAGUAGAACCUAUUGACUUUUAAUUUUAGGUCGCCCGGGAGCUUUGGGAUCACCAGCUUCCGAUCAGUUCAGUUGGAGCUCGGUUGUCGUUCGCACUAGUCCUCUCUAGUAAAAACAACUUCUAUGUGCCAAUUUUACCUCUACCUUUCUAAAGAUUUAUACCUUCAACUUAAUAAAAUCAUUUUUUAGUUUUGCUUUCAUAAUUUUUUCCGGUUUGGAUUACAGUGAGUGAUAGUUCUUCCUCAAAGGAUGGCUGAAUAGCUAUAAUGUCCAAACAAAGUGGAAAACGGGCAGCGGGCUUGGCUCCCACUGCCAAGGCUGAGAAGAAGCGUCUUCGUCCAGAAGGGAUAGUCUUCCCACAAGAACACAAGACAGAAGGCCGUCGCCUUCGCAGAAGCGUGCGGAAGUCCAUGCCUUCUCCUAAGGGUAAACUACCAACCUAUAUUAUGGUUGCAAGUGACGCCUUGGGCGGCGUUGUCGCUCUGGUGGACUUGGGGCCUGAAUCCCGUGCCAAAGCCUUAAGGGCCACCUUGACAGCUCUAGGGGCCACCGUAGCGCCUCUAUGGAGCCCCCUAGUUACACAUGUCGUUUGGUCUGAAGUAGGUGGAUGCCGCGAUGUUCGCGCGCGAGCUCGGGCCCUUGGCGCCCAGGUGGUGUCCCCGUUGUGGGUGGAGGCCUGUGCGAUUGCUCAAGAGCGUCUGCCAGAGAACACAUUUCCGGCUGCACCACGCCCUUCAGACCUGCCUUCACCCAGGCAGAUGCAACAAGCACUGAAAAAGGCCGAAUUGGAUAAUAUUCCAUUGGAUGACUUGCUGAAUAGCAGCGCAAUCGGAACGAAGAAUCCGAAGCCGCGCGGUCGAAGUGCGGGCAGAACCGCGCAGAAGACCGCUGAUACUUCCGAAAGCUCUAAUAACACUCCGACAGUAAGGACCAGGGCCAUGACACGGUCGGCCUCUAAAGCAACCGCGUCUGUAACUUCAACUGUUACUUCGUCUACUCCUUCGAUGGCGACUACUACUGCUGGCGAUUCAACCGAGGUGGAGAACGGUGUAAAUACGGCACCGAGGCGGGCGCUGCCUCUCUCGAUGACUCCGCCGGAGCCGAUUCCGAAGCCGGCGAAAAAACCGGAGCCACCGAAGCGGGCGGAGCAGCCGAAGCCGCCGAGUCAGCCAGAACCGCAGCCACAGCCAGCAAAAGCCGGAAAGCAGCCAAAAAAGUCCAAGCGCAAGCUUUUUAAGCAGCCGGUGCUGUCUAAUACCGAGUCGGAACCCGGACCUUCGGUUUCAUCUGGCCCUGUUUACGUGCGCCCUACGCCAUCUGCGCCUCCAGAGCCGUCAGCACCCCCUGCUAGAGUGGAGCGCCCGAUACGUGCAGUCCGUGCCGCCGCAGCUGCCGCGGCCAGGGCCAGAGCGGAGCCCCCGGCUACCACCCGCCUCACACAACGCGACCGCUCAGGCCUAGAACGCGCUGAACGAAUCGCUCGCCGCCUUCAUGACCCAAUAAGCAUGCCGAGGCCGGAUCACAAAUACAUUUAUUCUCGCGAAUGGCAAUAUCAAAUUGUGCUGACAGGCAUGGCGGCAAGUGAGCGCCGUCUGCUGCAGCGCGCGUGUCGCCGGCUGGGAGGACACCUACAAGACGAAGUGGACUACAAGACCACCCACGUUCUGCUGGGGUCACUGUCUCGCGCGCUCUUCGUCGAUCAGGAUGUUAGCGAAAUAACCAACACGAGGGGCGUAGUGGACAAGAUUCUGAGCUUCGAACACGGGCACCUGCGCACCCUGAACGCGCUGCUGGGCGCGGCGCGCGGCUGCCGUGUCCUUUACGCCAACUGGGUUUACGAGUCGCUCAAGGCGUACAAGUGGGUGCACCACUUCGGCUAUGAAGUGCCGUACUACAAGAAUAUAUCACAGAAAGCCUACAUAGAGCGCCACGCUUUCGGCCUGCUGCGCUCCGAGUUUGGAUUCGACGUGUUCGAGGGCCGUCGAAUCUGCGUUACGAAUAAGACAGAGAAGCGCGACUGUGUGGAACAACUGCUCGCCCUUUGUGGAGCCAUUAUUUUCAACGAAUAUGGGGAAGCGAGGAACCGCACCAUGGCUAGGAAGAUGCGCCUCCAAGCCGCUCAGGUCUCCAAAUACUUCGACCAAGAAGGCGCGUUUUUCAAAUACGACGCCAUAAUCGGUACCGCCCCCGGGCAAAUUGCCUCCAAGUGGGUGUUCGACUGUGUGGUCUCGACACGAAUGAGGUCCACUCGCCGCUACAUGAACCCGGCCCCGGAAUCAACCCAGAACGUUCCAGAAUAGCGGGCACGCAUCGAUCGGUACUCCCCAGAAAAUGAAGUAAGUUCAUUCAAUUACCAAAUAAGUUCGGUCGGGUUUUCUUUUUUCAAUUAGUUUUCAAACCAGAAUUUUCCUUACUGUGAUUUUUAAUUUAAGACUUGUCAUGCAUUUAUAAUUUUGGAGUUUUUAAUACAUUAAUUUAAGUGAAAAUUAUGUUACUUUAAAUAAAUAGUUGUAAGACACACGCGGCUGGAAUUGGAAAGAUACGAUGUUUGGUGAUGAAGUGGACAGUUGCAGUUCGUUGAAUGUAUUUAUUGGUGUGAGCAUAGAACGGACAAUUAUUACCGUAAUUUUCAAUUCUACAGUUAUCGCGUGAUACAUAAGCGGCCAUAGUAUUUUUUAAAGCUAUAUAUGUUUUUACUCUUUUGUUGAAACAAGCGUAUUCACCGAAAGCAUUCGCUUUCUCGUUAGCUCGCUCAUUAUAGCGAGCUUUGAAAAGUUCUUAACUAUCUAUCGGUAACUAUUCAAUAGGUGAAUUCUUAUGGUGAGUACACAAGAUAUGGUGGGAGAGCCUUGUGCACGGCUCGAAUGGUGAAAUUACCACCCCCUUACCUGACUACUACACAAUUCUACUUAUAAAAACCCCUACUACAGUUUUAAAUAAAUAUUCAUACAUCUAAAAGCAUGGAGUAACUAAUCGAAAGAAAGAGGGUCCGUCGCCUUAAUAGGAAAGUCGUCGCCUAUAACCACGUAAAAGGAUCUAUCUAUAAGUUUGACAUUAUAUUUUUUUUUUGUAUGCCAGAAGGCCCAUUACACACUAUACCUUAUGUUUAUACCAUGGUAUAUUGUCAUGACCCAAAUAAAUGAUUUGACUUGAUCAGUUGUAAAAACUAGAAGCCCAAAUGUAGGCGGCAGCAUUGUUGAGUGUUCCUAAAUUUUCACAGUUCAACAUACUGUCCAGCUAAAAUUCGUUAUCAAUUGCUAUAAAAUGUGGAGCGACGUGGAGUGUAUCCUGACUGAAGGAUGGGUUACGAAAAUGAGAAGCAGCCAGUUAGAAAAAGACAGUUUUGAUUAAAAAGAAGUUUUCCUACGUAUUCUUCUUCCGAGCUUUAGGGAAUAAAUAGGUAUAACACUUUGAUUUGGCAGUUAAACGCUGCGCAAAGGGUUUUAGUGUAAAAAUAUAGCCAAAACAAUAUGUUUGUUUACUCAAGUGACUCAAGUAGUAUGGAGAACUGGCAAAAUUUAAGAACACUCAAUAGUAGCGACACCUGAUGGUAGAAGUAGGCAGUUUUUAUCCUUAUUGUCAAAGUGUUCACAAAGAUGCGACAUCUAGUUACUCCAUGGUGGAAUAAAGUAAUAAUAAGUCCCUAAUCAUAGUAGAAUAAUGAGCGUCGGUUGAGCACUGGUAUAAUAUAUGGAAGGGACCAUAUAAUAUGCUAAAACGUUAAAGUAGCAAAUACGUAUUACGUACCUAAGCACUAUUUGAAAGUUGAUAUACUUCGAUAAAUAUUUCAUUUGUCUAAAUAAGUAGGGUUUUACAAGUAAAAUUUUGUCGAAAAACACAGAGCUUCAGCGGUUUAACUGUUGCGACCUGUGGUUUGGGUAAGGGAGCCAAUUGUAUUGCAUGCACCGGAGACAUCACAACUCGUCUCAAUGUAGGACAGCAUCUGAAUAAUUCACGCCAAAAUUAAAUUCGCGAGUGAAGUUAGCACAAACAAUGUGCAAGCGUUCCCGAAAGCGCGCUAAUUUACAACUGUCAGUUGGAAUGUCAUCUGUAGCUAACUUCACUUCGGACGCAUUUCAUUUUGGCUUGGCUUAUAAAGUUGACACAUGAAAAAAAUAAAGCUGGAAUUUAUAUUUCGACAUGACCUUUGAGGUAAUGCAGAAAUAUACGACUGAUAGAAAAGUUAAUGUUGUGAUCGUUCCUACGUGUUGUUAUGUGAGGAAUUAGGCAAUUACAAUACCGUGAUUGGGAAGAAAGUAAAGCGGGAAUUUCGAAGUAAAACUUCAAAAUUUGUCUUUGACUAUUCUUUCGAAACGUCUGGGAUCUCAUACUAUUCUGAUUUAAACUAAAAACGAAAUAAAAAAAUAAGCUAAUUAGGGUAGACAGCAUCGCAGCAUCGAUGGACUAAGUAUAAAUGUAAAAAACUGCGUAUCAUUAGAUUAAAGGGGUUUUUUUAUGAGAUGGAACUGAAUAUAGAUUCAGGUAUAUGUAAUUGCCUGUUCUAGUAGUUAGUUAUAAAUGUUUAAGUAUCUAUGUUUGUGAAAUCGAUGUAA